AUGCUCCCCCAUUUGUCCCAAUCUUUCCCUGCUCCAAACAGUUUUGAGGCAGACAAGGAUUUCUACAAGAAUCUCUUUCGAAUCAUAUUCUUGAGAAAUCGUAGCCCAACCGCGAAAAUCAAAGUGUUGCACAAUAAGCGCAUUCACAUAUAUAUUCUUAGCAAGAGUGGUCUUACCAAUGCCUCCCAUGCCAACAAUGGGGAUAAUCUCACGACUCGAUUGUUGUCCAGUCAGCUUAUCCAAGGCUUCAAGCAAGACAUCAUCGAAACCCACCAUGGCACAUUGGGAGGGAGCGGCCGUUUGAGCUCCGUGACCGGCUACAACCAUAUUCAAGCGCCUACAAGACAUUUACCAAGUUUGCCCACUUCAUUGUGGGCAACUUGGAAGAAGAGGCCAUACACUCGUGCACAGAGUUCCUCAAGGAGCUCAACAAAGGAACAAUCGAAAACAGGAUUCUACCAGAUUUUGAAUUUCGAACACGAGGUUCGUGAGGAUGUGCGAAGCGGUGUCGUUCGGGUCGAGCGCGACAUCUCGAUCGGCCUCGGCCUCAGCUCGGCCGGCGAGGAAGACAACAUUAGAGAUAGAUGUCAUCAGAAAAAAUGGCGAUGA